GGAUUCCCGGCGUUUGCUGCAUGUCCUCUUUUCCCCUUGUGAACAAGAUUUCCGUUUCUCGUCUCCAACCGCCUUCCUUUCCCUUUCCCUGCCCCCUUUCCCUCAGCGAUGGCCGCCGAAGAACCUCCCGCCUUCAAUCUCACCGAGGUCGAUCGGAAAGUCCUGUCGCAAACCGACGAGGAGUUUGAGUAUCACAGCUGGGACGAGUUGAAGGCCAUCAUCGCACGGAAUGACCUCGGCGUGCUGAAGCGGAAACCGUCCGAUCUGAUCCGAUACCUGGCGUGGACCAAGGACAUCAAGUCUCAGUACGGCUCCAUCACCGCCUAUAUCUGCCAGCGUCGUCUGCACUGGCAUUUGCCGGUCCCUGCUGCCACCACCGGUACGGGCGAGGCCGAUAGUGGACCCGUCUUCCCCUUCAAAAACCCCGUCCCGUUUGCCGAUCCCUCGGACUACAAGAUCCUGCACAAUGACUGGCCCUACGGCUGGACACCCGGCAUCUCGCACCUGGUCGUCUGGUUGAAGACCCCCGUGCCCGUCCAGGGCGAAAAUGGUGAUAUGACCGCCGAGUCUCGCUCGCUGGUCGAAGGCUUUAUCCAGAGAACCUUCGUGGAUCGCUUGGCCGAAGACGGUGCCCAAUUUCGCCACCCGGAUUCACAUGUGCAGUGGUUCAAAAACUGGACGGCGCUGCAGAGUGUGAGAAGCUUGGAGCACAUCCACGUCCUGCUCAGGGACGUUCCGGAAGACAUCCUUCGCGAGUGGACGGGGGAAGACCGGCCACAGCGUUGAGUUAACGCAUAGACGCAGCAUUCUAAAUACCUCGCUAGACAACCCGCUCUAGACAUGUUUCAGACCGAUAGAUAGCCUGGCAUACCAGACAGCGGCGUUCAAGAAAGAAAAAAAGCUUUAGCAUUGGGAAUCUUGCGAAAGAAACAAUAGCCCCGCGGUAGUUAAAGGUACAGAGAAUGAGAGGUAAAAAUGAGAGCUUUCAUCAUAG